AUGUCUUCGCCAUCGCCUUCCGUUCCCGAAGACAAUGCAAAACAGCCACCGUCACCGUCUCCGUUGCCGUCCAUGCCGACGCCUCCAUCUGUAGUUCUGCCGAAACAGCGUCAUUUAUACUAUCCUCCCAUACCACGCAUGCAAACCAACGAUAACGUCCCUCCCUCUAUUCCAAUCUCCAUUGCCAUCGAACGUCAUGCCCAGUAUAAUCACCCGUCUCUCAAGCCAGGGACAUCGUAUACCAUUUACAAAAUAGAUGGUCAAUCUGUAUACUAUUUACCCGAAGUUACACUUGACUCCAUCGUACAAGCGGACGCUGAGGAGCCCAACCGUGCGACUGUUCCAACUUCCUUUCAGGAUUACACAACCAUAUACAACUCCCGCAACGAAAAAUUGUGGACAUUGACCGGUCGAGCUUGGGAUGCGGUAACGUUUGAAACCUUGACGGGCAUGACUCUUGUUCUUUCGGGUUACACCUUCAAUUAUGCGGACUCGACCUAUCAUUGGCGCAUCAUGCCGUCACAAAAUGGCAUGACAAUCGAAUAUAGUUUGCAGCGUUACGGUGAAACGGUCUAUGGUGAACGAAUAGCCGAGUUUACACAUGAAGGCUCUCAACUGCUUGUAUACGCCGAGAAACUUGACAAUGAUUUAUUAUUUGGCAUGAUUGCUUACUCUGCUUUGCUCAUCCAUGAUCAAGUCCUCUCCAUGUUAAAAUCGGUGGGGGGCGGACCGCAAGCGCUGCAAGUCAUGAUGCAAGAAUCCUAUCUUCAUGAAGAUGAUGUGUCCAUCAUGUCAUCGGUAUUUGUUGAUCCAAAUACAGACCAAGGAGGUUUAGUACGCGAGCAAUCCACACGCCGAUCGGCCAAAAGCAUCGAAAUUCAUACAGGAGCUUGGCGAUGUUGGCGCGGUUAUGACUGCUGCUGGACUUGGUUUCCCUGCUGUAUGCCGGGUGGAUGGUGCGACCGAUUAUGGAUGAACUGUCGGGGUCAUCGACCCACUUUAGCUCAAAUUCGUCAGCAAAGGCGUGGAUGGCAACCUCAUCCCGAUGAACAGUACUAG